AUGCUUUCCCAGGGGAGAACGCAGUUGGUUAAAAUUCCGUCUUGGUUCCUGCAAUUGCGAUCCAUAACGUAUCUGCACAGCGGAACGAGAAUACGUGGAUUAAAGAGGGAUCCGGCAGAAUAUCUACGGCUUUCCAAUGGACUACUGUACAGUGAGAUUAAACCGGAUCAGUAUCACAAUAAAGUUCGGAGCCGUUUGAAUCUUGAGAAGUACGGGAUUUAUUUACCAGAUGAGCUAAUCGUGCAAUGUUUUACCCAUAAGUCUUUUGCACAUGGAUCUAUGCCUUACAACGAGAAAUUAGCAGCUUUGGGGGCGCAGUUUCUGAAAUACCAGGCUUCAAUUUACUCUGUAAGCUCACAGGAAAAGCCAUUGGAGCAAGCAGCAGGAGCUGAGAUAAGCCCAAAUAGUAUAAAUGGGCUAGAAUUCUCAAAUCUGGGGACCCAAUUCUCCAAACAACUGAUUUCCAAGCAAACGUUGUCAGAGGUGAUAAAAGAACGGGGCAUUGAUACUCUUGUUUUUUGGAAGAAACGGGAUCCGUUGAAGGAUGCCAAGUUCAACGGUGAAAACAGCAUUUUCUCAAGUGUGCUUAAUGCCGUGGUGGGCGGAGUGCUUGUCACUAGCGGUCCUGAAAAGGCCUCCGAAUUCAUUGGUAACGAGCUCCUCGAUGCCACGAAACAGUCAUCUUUAGCAAGCAUCGCUAAUAAGGUGGUAUGA